CCCCAUUUUAUUCCCCCUUUGAUUGAUGAUCUAACCCUUUUUAAGAGCAGCCACCACCAGCCCACAAAGCCUCUACACCUUUCAAAUUCAACUUUCUUGAUCAGAUAUCUUCUUCUAGCCUUUGAUCAACCCCCUAGAGACCCUUCUCUGAUUUGAGGGUGGUGGCCAAAAUGAUCUAUCAAAGUGAGGAAGAAGAAGUAGCAACCCAGGUGUCGACCAGCAACCAGAACGCGGGAUUAAAAGCUAUCGACAACAAUGACGAAGGAAUGGGUGAGGAAGAAUGGUUAAAUCUGAGCCUCGGCAGAAAUGAGAAGCAGUUGACGGCCGGGGACUCUGAUCCACAAUUCAAACCCGCUUCCAACAAGGUCUUCUCCUGUAACUUUUGCAUGAGGAAGUUCUACAGUUCACAGGCAUUGGGUGGCCACCAGAACGCACACAAAAGGGAGAGAGGCGCAGCUAGAAGAUUCAACGACUCGAGGUUGCCCGCCAAUGCUCCUUCGAUGGUCCGAUCAAUGGGCGUCCGGCCCCACUCACUGGUGCACAAACCUAGCAGAGAAGGGAUGGUAGCACGGUUCAACGGCUCGAGCUUCAGGAUGGGAUGGGCGCCAUUCACUUCUGAAGAAGCAGUGGACACGAUGUGGCCGGGGAGCUUUCACGUGAACCCGCAACUGUCGAGACAACAGUCGGAGCUACUCAAGCUAGAUUUGAAUCUCAGUCUUUGAUCCAUCAAUCCGACUUGUUCAUUAAAUCUCAAUCGGGGUUGCUCUCUUUGUGUGUCCUUUUCUAUUGUAUGAUUUUGGCAUUUGUUCAUCAAUCAACUAAAGAAGCUAACCUCGCUAGGUGUGUUCCAAAGUUCUCCAAACAUGCUUGAAGCUUGAGAUCCCUGGAAUUGAGAUUGUCCUGCCUACAAGUUUUAGAGAAUUCCCCCCUAGUUUUCAUCCAUAUCUCAGUGUAGAUACAAUAUAUUUUUAUAUCUAUAAUCAAAUCCCUUCAAGUAGUUCUGCAA